AAAGCAAUUAUGAAGUCUUCCCUUUUUUCCUGCAACUUGCUCCCAACCAUAACCUACGGUGGCGGCCUCGACAACCCUGUUCUUAUUAAUCCUUCUCGAUGGUCUAAUAAAGUACAUGAAAUUUCCAAGAAAAACAGCCACAUCAAAAACCAUAACAUAACAUCAUUCACACCACAAACUUUCCAACUCAACUCAAUAUUGCCUUGUAAAUUCGACAGCUAUCUUUCACCUCCAAACUUUCUUCCUUUCACACGUGCAACUCCUUUUCUUCUCUUCCAAGCCUUUCUUUCUCUCCUCCAAAUUCAAAACUUCAACUUCAACCUGCUGCUGAUUACACUGAAGAAAAACAUACAAGAGGGUACCUUUUUUAUUUAGCUCUCUCUAGAACAGUGUUCAUGGGUUGCUGCUUUAGUGCUCCUCCAAAGAUCAAAGCCGAGAGCCCUCCACGUAAUGGUUUGAAUUCAAAGGAUGGUAGCAAAGAAGAGAAUGAUCCGAGUAGUUUAAGCGGCACGGUGUCGUCUUCAUCUAUGCUUCUAACUCCUCAGAAUGAGGUUGAGAUAUUGGAAGCCAGCAAUUUGAAGAAUUUUGCAUUCAAUGAGCUAAGAACUGCUACAAGGAACUUUCGUCCAGAUAGUAUGGUAGGUGAAGGUGGGUUUGGUAGUGUGUUUAAAGGGUGGAUUGAUGAGCAUACACUUGCCCCUACUAAAGCAGGCACAGGAAUGGUCAUUGCUGUGAAGAGGCUUAACCAAGAAAGCAACCAGGGACACAUUGAAUGGUUGACAGAAAUCAAUUACCUGGGGCAGCUCAGUCAUCCUAAUCUUGUGAAGNUAAUUGGUUACUCCUUGGAGGAUGAUCACCGGAUUCUGGUGUAUGAAUUUGUGGCCAAGGGUAGCUUGGAUAAUCACUUGUUUAGGAGGGCCUCUUACAUUGAACCGCUCUCUUGGAACAUCCGUAUGAAGAUUGCUCUUGAUUCUGCCAAAGGGCUUGCAUUUCUUCACAGUGAUGAAGUAGAUGUAAUAUUCAGGGACUUCAAAACUUCUAACAUCUUACUUGAUUCUAAUUAUAAUGCAAAACUGUCUGAUUUUGGGUUGGCAAAAAAUGGACCAGAAGGUGACAAGAGUCAUGUUUCUACAAGGGUGAUGGGCACCUUUGGCUACGCUGCUCCUGAGUAUAUUGCAACAGGUCACUUAACGAAAAGGAGUGACAUAUACAGUUUUGGAGUUGUUCUUCUGGAACUUAUGUCAGGAAAACGUUCACUGGACAACAACAGGCCAAGUGGAGAGCAUAAUCUAGUUGAAUGGGCGAAACCACUUCUGAUAAACAAACACAAGAUCUCCCAAGUCAUGGAUGCACGUAUAGAAGGCCAAUACUCUAAGAGAGAAGCAAANAGAAUAGCUCACCUUGCACUUCAAUGCCUCUCUACAGAUCAAAAACUUAGACCAAACAUANGUGAUGUGGUGAGAUCAUUGGAACAUCUUCAGGAUUCCAACGACACACAAAUAAAUGGUCAUAGCUCAAGCAGCAGUGCUACUCCUAUUUCUAGUUUGUCUCCUUCCCCUCUUCGUACGUAGGAGACCAACUUCAUCAUCACACAUAUUCUGCAUUGUUUUCGAGUAAUAUAUAGAGAUGCCACUUUCUGUAGCAUGAAAUGAAACCAUGCAUGCUUCUUAGUUGUACAGAUUUUUAUUUCUUUAUAUUAAUAAGAGAAUUUAUUUAUCUUU